AUGGCAAAACUAUCCCGUGAGGGUUCCAACAAGGAAUUCAAUAUCUGUCUUAUUGGAAGUGGGGGCGUAGGGACUAUUGCGGCAUUGGUGCUUGAGAACUCUGGUAGAGCAAAUGUAACCGCUGUGCUAAGAUCUAGCUAUGACAUUGUGAACGAGAAAGGUUGGGAUAUUGAGAGUGUGGAUCAUGGACCGAGAGAAGGUUGGAGGCCGAGUCGGGGUGAUCGUACCAACAUCAAUGAUGCGACCUUUGGGCCCUCGCAAUCGACGACUUUCGGGGGUCCUCUUCCUACAGGAGCUUCAACGCCCAUGGAGCCUGCAAAAGAACGCUACGACUUCAUCGUUAUAUGUACUAAGCAGAUUCCCGAGCAACAAUCCAUCGCGAAGAUGAUAGCACCACUCGUCACGCCCUCGCUAACCUCGAUCGUCCUCAUCCAAAAUGGACUUAAUAUCCACAUCCCCUUCAUAUCAGCGUUCCCAACCAACGUGACCAUGUCAGCAGUCUCCAUGAUAGGCUCCUUCACAGCGCCCCCAAACAAAAUAAAACACAUCGGACCCGAUAUCCUCCAAAUCGGAGCUCACUACCAUCCCGGAGUGCCUGACUCCAUCUCCUUGGAACGGACACAGACAUUCAUCGAGAUGUAUAGCGCUGGAGGAGCGGCAUCUUGCAUUCUCGCACGAGACAUGCCGAAAGCGCGGUAUGCAAAGAUCUUGUGGAAUGGCACGUUCAACACCAUCUGUGCGCUGAUGUUGAUGAAUGUGGGCGAGGUACAGCGAUCUGGCGCGCGCGAGAAGCUAGUCAUUCCAAUCAUGCAUGAGCUCCAAACCGUAGCAAAAGCAGACGGGCAUGAGUUAGAGGAUGAACUUGUUCGGGAAAUGGCCUUCAGAAGUCCUGAAUCCUCACGGUGGCGGCCGAGCAUGUUGCUCGAUAGAGAGUAUGGGCGGCCCAUGGAGUACGAGGCUAUCCUUGGCGACCCGAUCCGGAGGGCUGCUGAGCUGGGUGUCCAGGUGCCGGUUAUGACAACUGUCUAUGAAUUGUUAAAGUUGGCAUCUUGGAAGAUCAAUAAUCCAAGUGAAGCUGCGGAGCCUAGUAUAGCCUAG